AUGAAUUAUCGACUAAUAGAUGUUGUGCUCAUUGUGCUACAUAUUAGAUCAAUAUCUUCGCUUUUCGCUCAAUUACCUACUUACAAUGACCGGACCAAUUUGGUUGCGGAGGAAACAGAACCACCAACACCAAUGACAUACACAUGUGACAAUACAUUAGUACCUUGUGGUUGUAGUUAUAAUGACGUUGAACUUACUCCAUCGAGAAUUGUAGGUGGUGAACAGGCGAUACCUAAUAGUUGGUCAAUGAUGGUUUCUCUUCGAGUAGCGUCAUCUGGUCGUCAUUUCUGUGGUGGUUCUAUUCUAUCAGAUUCUUAUAUUCUCACAGCAGCUCAUUGUGUCGAUACUGACUUACCUAGUGAUGUAAUAGUUGCUGCUGGUAUGCAUAAUAAAUCCGAUGAAAAUGCUGUGAUUCGUCAAGUUGAUCACAUCUUUGUUCAUCCAAGCUGGUCAGCAAUUCAAAAUCUUAACGAUAUUGCAAUUUUACGUUUAUCAGAACCACUUGGACUUGAUUCAAAUCGAUUUUUAUCACGAACUUGUAUACCACAUGUUCAUUGGCCCACCGACAUACAAAAUUACCCAUCAAGUGACAUACGCUUAGCAGCGAUCGGUUGGGGUCGUACUAGAGAUGGUGAUAGUUCAAGUUCACCAGACAAUCUUCAUCAAGUUCAAGUAUUUUCCAUUGAUAACGAUGAUCCCGAUUGUGAUGGAGCAAUGUAUAACAAAGAAGUACAGUUUUGUGCUGGAAUACCCGACGGUGGCAAAGAUACUUGUCAAGGUGAUUCUGGUGGACCGAUUUUUCAAUGGCUUGGCAAUCGGUGGGAACAAGUGGGUAUAACAAGUUUCGGUAGAGGAUGUGCCCUCGCAGGUAAUCCAGGUGUUUACACACGAUUAGCUUAUUAUCACCAUUGGGUUCGAUCAAUUGUGAUGGACAACGAUGUCCGACCACCAGUGACAUACACAUGUGACAAUUCACAAGUAUAUUGUGGGUGUGGAUAUAAAAAUGUUGAACUUACACCAUCGAGAAUCGUUGGUGGAGAAGAAGCAGUACCCUACAGCUGGUCAUUCAUGGUUUCCUUGCAACAUCGUUCGUCCAACAGUCACUUUUGUGGUGGUUCAAUCUUUUCAGAUUCUUAUAUUCUCACAGCCGCUCAUUGUGUCGAUGAUGAAACACCUGAUCGUAUACAAAUUGUGGCUGGUGUACAUAAUAGAUCUGAUCCAAAUGGUGUAAUCCGUGAAGUAGAUCAUAUCCAUGUUCAUCCAGGUUGGUCAUCUUCAUCGAGUGAACGUCGACAUGAUAUUGCAAUGUUACAUUUGUCACAGCCACUUAGACUUGCUUCAAAUCAAUUGUUAUCACGUAUUUGUGUACCCAAAGUUGAGUCACCAAACAAUGUUGAAACUUAUCCAAGCAAUGGUACACGUUUAGCUGCAAUUGGUUGGGGUAAUAUAAAACAGAGUUGGCUUGAUAAUUCACCUGAUAAUCUUCAUCAAGUACAAGUAUUCACGAUUGAUAACAAUGAUCCAAUUUGUAAUAAAUCAUUGUAUGAUACACAAGUACAAUUUUGUGCUGCACUUUAUGAAGGUGGCAAAGAUACUUGUCAAGGUGAUUCUGGUGGACCAAUCUUACAAUGGCUUGAUAAUCGAUGGGAACAGGUUGGUAUUACAAGCUUUGGGAAAGGAUGCGCCAUUGAAGGAGAUCCCGGCAUUUACACCCGACUUGCGUACUAUUAUGAUUGGAUGGAAUCUAUAGCCAAUACCGUGUCGACUACAUCCACACCAAUACCACAUGUAGUCUAUCAAUGUGAUCGAACAUCAACAUGCGGUUGUGGUCAAAGUGAUGUUGCUCUGUUACCAUCUCGAAUUGUUGGCGGUGAAGAUGCUAUCGAAGCUAGUUGGUCAAUGAUUGUUUCACUUCUUUAUCCUGGAACAUCUCAUCGAUGUGGUGGAACACUCUUAUCUGAAUCAUUUAUUCUCACUGCGGCUCAUUGUGUUGACACUUUAUCAAUCGGAAAUGGAAGGAACAUUACUGUUGCUGUCGGUAUGACAAACCGAUCUGAUCCAAGACAAAUCAUACGAGAGGUCGAUCGUAUCUACAUACAUCCUAAUUACUCGUCCCAAGCUCGUGAUUUUCGUAAUGAUAUUGCACUUUUGCAUGUUAAGACUCCAAUCGUCUACACCAAUAAUCCACGAUUGGCUAAAUCAUGUGUUCAUCGCAUUGAUCCACCUGCAUUAACCAUUCAACAUCCAAGAAAUGGCUCACGUUUAGCCGUUAUUGGAUGGGGUAUUUUACAAAGUUCAGAUUUCGUUCUACCUGAUAUGCUCCAGCAAGUUCAAGUUUUUACAAUUGACAAUAAUCAUCCAACAUGUGUGGACUCGAUUAAUGAUCCACAAUUACAAUUUUGUGCAGGAAUUAUUGAAGGUGGCAAAGGUUAG